AUGUACUGCCUGCCCGUCCGGCGUCUGUUUGCCACGUCUUCCGUUCCGAAAGCGAUCAAAUGGAAUGUGCGAACUUUCACGAGCCGAGCGCACGAACCCGAGUUGAGAUAUCAUUCGGCCGCGGAGGAAACGGGCAAAGGUAAACGAAAACGUUGAAAGAAUUUUGUUUAGAAAUUGAUCGGAAAUAGUCUGUUCGAGUGUUGAACUGAAAAUUCUUGAAUUUCCGUCUAUCAAGCACUCAAACUGCUCCUAUGCUUGGUUUUCUCACAUUUUCUCACUAUCAGUUUGUCGCUCCCGCAAUGGUCAAAAAAUUGUGCGUUUUUCGAAGAUGCGUCAUCGCUGUUUUCAACAAUAAACAACGAUUAUAAAUUGUGAAAAAGUACUGAAAUAAGAUCUGACAUACACAGAAAAUCGUUACAGAUAAUGCGAAAAAACCGGUGAUCCUGAUGAUUGGAUGGGCGGGCGCCGAUCCGAAGCACGUCGACAAAUAUGUGAAUGUGUACAGCGACGAGGGGUAUGAUCAUAAGCACUCAGAGAAAAAAGGCGUUCCGGAACGGCACCGGCACCGCUCGGCGCAAAAUGAGCGCAAACUCGGCACCGGUGUCUUUCAAAAAGGCGUCUUUUUUUCACUGAGCAUAAUAUCGACUGAUAUAAUAAAAUGCUCAUCUUCAGUUUCAAAGUCGUCUCAAUCUGCCCGCCCCGUUAUCAUUAUCAAGUGCCCGACGAGUCGAUCGGCGAGAAAAUCGCACCGAUUUUCAGGAAAUUUGAAAAUUCGUGAGUAUUGUUCGCGAAAAAAAAAGUAUUUCGAUAUUUUAGUCCGGUGGUCAUUCACUCGUUCUCAAUGAACGGCAUUCGCGGAGUCAUUUCGUUGCACAAGAAAAUGGGAAAAACGGAUUUCGAGCAGAAGAUCAAGGGAAUCGUUUUUGACAGGUAAGCUUCUGACAUCGGAACCAAACAUUGCAGUUGUUUUGAACUUGGAUUGAAGGAAUUUGGGUCCAAGUUUCAGACCGAUCGGAUCAUCUAAAUUGCUGUAUUGUCGGCCUAAAAGUUUUAGACUAAAACCUGUGUAUCUUGGGAGCAGAUAAUCCGAUCCGACUGAAACUAGGACCCAAAAUACUUCAAUCCUAGUCUAAAAAGCCUGCAAAAUCUGGCCCCGAUCGGAUCAUUGCGAGUUAGUCAAAAAGUCCUUUCAGUGCUCCGUCCCGCCCGCACAGCCAUCAAAACGGCCGAGCGAUGAUGCUCUCGCGGCCACGUGGCAAAUUCUGGAGUGACGAUGCGAGAAUGCGGGCGCACAAGGCCGUCGAGGAUGUCAGGAACUUUUUCGUAAAGACCUUUUAUUCUAUUAACUUCAAAACCCCGAAUAACUUGCAGCUUUGGCCGAUCUUCGCGCACGCUCCCUCGCUCCGCCCUCGUUUUUCCCUUUUCUGGCACAUUCAGGAUCGCGUGAGUCUGCCGAAGCACCAGUUGUUCAUCUACUCGGCCGCCGACUCGAUGGUGCCCGUCAAGUACCUGAAAGAGUUUAUCGAGACUCAAAAAAGCCGUGGCAACCGCGUGGAAUCUGUCGAUUUCGGCGACUCGGAACACGUGGCACACUUUCGUGCGCAACCCGAAAAGUACAAAACGACGUGUAAGGAAUUUGUGUCGAAACUUUAA